AUGUUUUCAUGGCGCUCGCCAUUUGUACCAGAAAGCAGCCACAGCGACAACUUCGCGAGCGCUCCUGCUUCCUGCUUGGGUCCUUGGUCUGACAUCACAAUGUAGGCGGUAUUCCAUGGACAACAAACGGGAGAAAACGUUUUCAACUGGGGAAGGAGAAUGACAAGUUCACACGGUGUAGCUUCUUCUUUUUCAAACGUUCCCCCACGUUUCAGACAUCUACAUUGCAUGCAAUUUGUAGGUUAUGCAAAUAGAUUUUCAGAAUAAGUCUCAUCAUCCGUAACAUCAUCAAUAGGGAAAUGCCAGUCAUUCUUGACAUAGUCCUACGGGUUAUAGGACCCAGAGUCAUUCCCGUCCUGUCUCUCCCUAUGUUGCGCACUUCUCUACUGGGCAGGGGUGUGAAGCUCUGAUGCGUUGAAAAAUAACUCCUUGUAAAACUGGAUUUGUACCAAAUAGGAGUGCCAUCACUUCAGUCUACCGACUUCAGCUACGCAUUGGUCGCUGUAAGUAUUAUUCUCAAUUUAAGGCAAUCAGAUUGCCUUCACAAGUUUAUCUGACUGUUUCACGUUGAUUUGUUUUGUCUUCUUCGUCACUUUUGACAUCUGCUGUUUGUGCUGCUUACCAAUACAGGCCAGGGAGCAAAGUUUUCAGAGGGAGCCCCAACACUAAUAACACAUUUAUUACAGGCGGACAUAAUUGAUUAUGGUUUGCUUUUUCUCUCUGUCGCAUUUUUGUUGUCGCCUUUUUGUUAAAUCGAUCAGAUGUUUGAUGAUCGAACUCAUAUCAUUUUUUCUCUCUUGACUCCUUUUGUAGAUUUUCACCUCUGUCCCUCAUAAAGAUGUUUCUGGCCAAAAGACUCAUUGGUGGCAUCCUGGAUGUUGUAAGGUAGGCCUGGCCUCUUUUUGACACAUACAUUCACACACACACACACACACACACACACACACACACACACACACACACACACACACACACACACACACACACACACACUCACACUCACACUCACACAUAGUCAUGUACAGCUAACCUUGUGGGGACACACAAUUCAGUCCCAUUCAAAAUCAUAUUUUCCCUAACUCCUAACCCUAAAGCUAACCCGUACUCUUACCCUUACCCUUACCCUAACCCUAACCUUAACCCAAAAACAUAACCUUAAUCCUAACCCUAAAACUAACCCUAGCUCCUAACUGUAAACCUUAACGUAAUUCUAACCCUAACACUAAUUCUAACCUUAACCCUAAACCCCUUAGAAAUAGCAUUUGACCUCAUGGGGAUUAACAAAAUUUCCCCAGUUGGUGAAAAAAUUUUUUGUUGUCUAUUCUUGUGGGGAUUUCUGGUCCCCACAAGAAUAGUUAAACACGUCCACACACACACACAGACACUGUCAGUAUACUGACUUCAUUCAGGACUUUGCACACUCAGUAUUUAUUAAAUAGUAAUAGCUCCUUCUGGUUUUCUCCAACAGCAACAUCGACCCUGGUCAAUUUGUGCCAUCAGAUCCUGUGAGUUAACCUUUUAGCACCCAUUUUCCUUUAUAACAAUUUCAGAACAUCAUAAUAGUCUUAUGAUAGUGCCCUCACUGCAGACUGGAACGUUUUAGAAGUAAACACUACUCUUUUAAGCAAAUGAGCCACAACUGUUGUUGGCCUGCAUGCCAGACUGCAGUGAAGAGGGCUGUGAGUGUUAGUGUUAACAGAACCUGGUCUGUGUUUGUGUCCUAGCCCCCACCACGCAGACCUCUGGCCUACGCGGAGCAGAAUGAGAAUGACGAGGAGAGACAGUUCCGCAAGGUGUUCCAGCAACUCGCUGGGGAUGUAAGUACUUAUUGUUUUUCAACUUAUGCACUUCUACUACUCUCAUAUCUUAUCCUAUUCACCUCCGAACCUACUGUCCUUUCCUAUCCUGUUCAGAGAAGUUCAUCUUAGGCUUUCGGCCAUCAAAUCCAGUACAAUAAGUGUGUCAUUGUAUAAUCAGGCCUCUUGUUGAAUGGUUUAGAGAGGCUGUUUCAUUAUGUGGGGUUCCACAAGGAUAUAUUUUGUAGGUGCAGCCAACUAUUCAUGGCAAGGAUGGUAUUUCAUUUAUUGGCUGAUGGUACACUGGUACAAUCAGUGAAACCCUGUUGUCGCCUGUUGUAUCCCAGUUAAGUCUGGUUUGCAUUCCAAACCCCUCCCUCCACCCAUUCACCCUCUUUCAUCUGGAGCCAGUCUUCAGAAUGUGGUUCAUCCAUCUACCCAGACAUGGUGAAUUUGAGGCUUCAAAUGUGCUGUCCGUCAUGCACUGCUGCCAACCAAUAGAAGCCUUCUGGAAGAGUACAGUAAAGCACUCCUGUUGGCUUAAAUCAUUGAUUCCGCCCCAUUGGUUAUGGUCAUCAAGCCCAGGGCUCCACAGACAUUCCCCUUCUGUGACGAACACGGCAACAUGGAUUUUGACAACUUCAUUGGGUGCCUGGUUGCUCACAAUGAUUCACUGCUGUUGGAUCAGGUAGUGGUGAAGUAAGAGGCUUGGGAUGUGGUUUGUUGACACGGACAAGAAGAGGGACUGGUUCUUCCUCUAUGUGUUUCCUACCAUUGUCUGACAGGGCGGCUCUCUUUUCUGGUUAGUUUUGUGUGGGUGGGGAGUGUAGAUUGUGUGAAUCAUAGAUAGGGGUGGAUACAUGUUCUACUGGUAGGCUCAACAGCAACGAUUGACUUUAAACUGAUAACUAGCCUUACUCAUAAGGGGAGGGAACACAAGAUUCAUACGGAAUGAAACCUAAAGCUAUACCUGCUGCAAAUAUAUCUGCUGAAAGUUUUAAAGUUGUUUGCAUCACUUUGGUUGUUCUAGUAUGUCACGUAAACACACAAAUACAGAGAAAACAAUGUAUUUGGUCCAUCUGUGCAAAUGACUUAUCAUAUAUUACUUAAUGAUAAAGUAGUCUCAGUGUCCUUAUCCUUUUGUGAGCUGAGUUGUGACCCAAAUACAUGUAGGCAUAUGCAGUGUAUGAAGAUUUACUAUCUGUGUAUUAUAGGACAUGGAGGUCAGCCCCACUGAACUGAUGAACAUCCUCAACAGGAUCAUUGGCAAACGUGAGUCCUAUUCUUACACAAACACCAUGCUUGUGUCUAUACUUGUCUUUGUCAUUGCAUUCUUAUAGUAUUUAUACCUCUGUGUGCAUAAACCUUAUGUUCAAGAGCAUGUCUAUGCAUGCCUUUUUGUAUCUAUGUACUCUCUGUUCAAACACACACACACACACACACUUUACUCAUAUCUAGACAUCUGCUGCACGCAUAAUGGAGUCUGUCUAAGCACAAGACUGGUUCCAUGGAAUGGUUUACUGUGUUGUAGUGAAGGAGUGGUCUGUCUGUGUUCAUUUCAGGUACUGACCUGAAGACUGACGGCUUUAGCAUCGAGUCAUGCAGGAGCAUGGUGGCUGUCAUGGACGUAUCCUUCCACAUCAGUGUCUGUAUUAGAAUGGAAGACUAUACUACACUACACUACACUAUACUAUACUAUACUAUACUAAGCUGACACUACUAUCAGAGUAGUUGAUAUUAAGUUUUACCUUAACCCUGAACACACAGAGCGACAGCACAGGAAAGCUAGGUUUCCAUGAGUUCAAGUUUUUAUGGAACAACAUCAAGAAAUGGCAGGUGAGUUCAGUCCUCUUGUUACAUUUUUGACAAUCGGCACUGUAUAAUUGUGUUACAUCAUGGACAUUUCUGUAAAACGUUUGCCUUGAACUAUAAAUGAUUUACAUGUAUUUGCAAGGCAUUCAUAAACACCACCUACAACUUCCAAUAGUCCUCUUACUCCACUACUGUAAGAAUGUUGUUUAUAAAUGUCAUGUUAAUACAUUCUUAAUAAAAGGUGCUAUGAACUUUGACCUCUCGGUGUAACCUUAUUUCCGCUCUGAUUCAGGGCAUCUACAUAUCAAAUGACGCAGACCGCUCAGGGAUCAUCUCCUCACAAGAGCUUCCCGCUGCCUUCAGAGCUGCAGGUGAGCUCAGAGAUCAUGAGAACCGGAACAUGGAAUUGCAUAUUUCUUUGUCAUCAUAAGGCCCUUAUAACAGUGUCAUAAUAUUGACAACAAACAGCCAUGACAGCUGAUGAAAGCUAGCUUGUUCCUGCAUAUAUGUGUUUGGUCACAUUGGUGUCUCUCCUCUGUUAUGUCCGUGUGCAGGCUUCCCUCUCAACGACCAACUAUUCCAGUUGAUCGUCCGCAGGUACAGUGACGAACAGGGCAACAUGGACUUUGACAACUUCAUUGGGUGCCUGGUGAGACUGGACGCCAUGUGUCGUAAGUGACUCAUCCUCAAUAUUCCCCUGCUCAGUCCGAUUAUGUUCUUGAUUUCAGACUAUUUUCUUUUCAUUACCCUUCAGUAAUAGUGUUUUGUGCAUUUUCAGGAGCUUUCAAGACUCUGGACAAAGAUGAUAAUGGAAGUAUCAAAGUCAACAUCAAGGAGGUAAAUUAGUUUUCACUAUUUGCUCUUUGAAUAUAAAUGGUGUGUUUAGGGUUAGGGACCAUUUUUAAGAUGAAUGACUGGAUAUAGGCACUGAAAUUAGACCUAAAUAACCACACCUCUUAUUGUCUUUUGCUUUCUCCGCAGUGGCUUCAGUUGACCAUGUACUCAUAAAACAUAAAGGAAAGCCUACAAAAAGCCUACAUGAAUCUCUUCAUUAAUCUCUCUCUCUCAUUUAAGAUUUGUAUUUCAUAUUACCAUUGUUAUUAUUGUAUACAAACGUUCAUAGUGGUCCUCUGUAGCUCAGCUGGU